UUUUAUUUUUAAAAGCUAAAGCAGAGGUGGUGAAAUGGAAAGACUGAAAAAACAGAUUUUGAAAAUAAUUGUCUUGAGCUGUUGGUACAGUCAUGUAAAAGGAGAGAUUCAUUACUUAAUUGAACCUUACGGUCUUCCUAACUGCUAUUUGGAUUUGGAUUUAACUAGCAUUGGCAAAUUUAUGACCUACAAUUGCAAUGGUGGGUUGAAGUUUUUGCUUGUGAAUGGAAUAAAUGGAGAUGGAGUUUCAUUUCAAUCUCUAGCAGACAAAACCAAAUAUCUUCGUCAUUAUUUUUUUGUUCUAAGACUCAAUACUUUAUCUGAAGUAAACAACAAAAUCGGUGAUCAACAAUUUUAUAUCCAUCCAAGUUAUUAUGACUCAUAUGUUUUAUUACAAUCAACAAAUUAUCCUCUUAAAUAUCUUUGGCGCAAUAAUUUACAAUUCAACAUAGAUGAUUACAAGGAUCAAGUUCAAUCAUUAUCAAGUUUUAAACUUCUUGUUUGUGACUUGACCAUUUUAAAGAUUGAACAAAUUACAAGAUAUUCUAUCAAUAUUACCAUUGAUGUAAAUACACCAAUCUUUAAUAUAUCUGACUAUUAUGUAAUUAAAAGUAAAGACCCAAAUAAUGAUAUCAAUUUAUUUGAUGUUACUGGAAGUUCUGCUCUUAUUACUUCAUUACAUAGCUACACUAUAUAUGAGUUUUCUGCAGGUCUUCAAAAUGAAUUUGGUUUCUAUGUGUAUGGAAAUUUGUUUUACUUCCAAACAAAUAAAGAUGAUCUGAACAUUAUAUCAGUUGAAAGCAUUGACAGAUAUUCAGUAAAUGUCACUAUUAAUCUGUUCAUACCAGCCUGGAAUAUAUCAAAAAUGUUUGUUGUUAAGUAUACAGAUCCAAAUAAUGUAACCAUGCUGUAUAAUCUCACAAAUGGUUCAGCUGUUAUUCCUUCAUUACAAAGUUACACUGUUUAUCAGUUAUCGGCAGGUGUAAGAAAUGAAUUUGGUGUUUAUGUGUUUGGGAAUGUAGUUUUCUAUCAAACAGAUCAAGAUAUUCCAACUGGUUGUCCAAGUAAUUUAAAUGUUGCAACAAUUAGUUCUACUGCUUUGUUGUUGUCAUGGGAUAAAGUUGAAUUUUCAUCAAGAAAAGGGAUUAUAGUAAUGUAUUUAUAUACAUGUUUCAGCUCUGAAUAUAGUGUUUCAAACAAUGUUGGUAAUAAUACUUUUAUUGUAACUGUGGAUAAUCUUGUUCCAGAAACCUACUACAAUUGUUCUGUGGCAGCUUGUACUAAAGUUGGUUGUGGUGUAGCAGCAUCUAAAAAUGUAAAAACAUUGGUUGGAAACAUUCAUAUGGAUAGCUGCGUUCAUGGAUUUGUUGAAAAAGAUAUUCUAAAUAUAUCUCUUCAAUUGAAUGGGAGUGGCUAUAAUGUAACAAUAGAAUAUUUUUUUCCGCCGUUUGUUACCUUUGCUUCAGAAAGUGUUCUACAUGGAUUUUUAAAAUUAAAUUCUGCUCAAUUUAAGUAUAUUUUUUCUGGAUAUUUUAAAACUAAAGGAGUAACUACACACAACAUUACAUUGAAGGUAAACAAAAGAAAAUGUUUUAGUGACUUUUCAAUUGAAAUUCCAGUGAAGCUGAGUUAUCAAAACACACUUGGUGUAUUAAAAGUUGUUACAAUGGCAUAUCAAAAAAAUUUGACUUGUUCAUUUAAAGUUUCACCUAAGAUACCAAGAGAUAAAAAUGCUAGUUCAGAAUAUUAUGGGCGUGGAAUGUAUAUCGAUAAUGAAAAGUUUAAUUUUUACAUUUGCAUGAAUCAACAUGUUGAGAGUACAGUACCUGCAUGCUAUUAUUCUAACAUACAUAAUGGCAAUGGUUUGUGGGCAGCCUUAGAUCUUCGUGUAGGAUGUGUGUUGGGUCAUCAUUUAGUGACAAAAGAGUUAUGGGCAAUCCAUCGUAAUCAGAAAUCAUAUUUAUAUUUUCAUGGAAUUCACAAAAAAUGGUUGACCUUAAACAAUGGAGACGGUAUUGCUGCUAGUAAUUUUAAUAAAACUAUGAGAAUAAGUUUAGAAGAAGAUAAAGAUCAAGUUUAUACUUUCGGAUCAAAUCAUUGGAUGGGAAACACUAAAGGGUUGUUUUAUCGCAACGACUCAUUCAGCUCAUGGUUACAAAAAGUCCGCUGGAAUCGUUGAAUAUUUAUUUUUUGUUUUUAAUUUUUUGAGUCAAGUUGUUACCCAAGAUUUUUGAAGUCAUUAGGUGAAAUGUUUUUUAGCAGUAAAAAAUCAAAUUCAAUGAUACAAUACUCCUAAAUCUUGAUCAACUGAUGAAUAAUUUUAAUGUAUUUUAAUAAUGUAUAUUGUAUCAAAUUUAGUAUAUACAACUGUAUUAUAAUUUAGGCAAAUAAAAAUACUAUAUAUUAUAUUUUUAACACAA